AUGCUGGAGAUAUUUGAUAUUAGUGAACUUCCAGUUGCUGAUAAUCAAGAAGAUAAAAGAAUUUGGAAUGCUACCCUAACUGGAGAAUUCUCAGUUGCUUCAGCAGUGGAGGAUAUCAGGAGAAAAAAUCCAAAACUUCAGUGGACAAAACAAACAUUCCUCUGCUGUGAUGGUACUUCAAGAGGGAAUCCUGGUAUUUCAGGAUAUGGAUUUAUUGAAAGAAGCUCAGAGGGUGAAUGCAUAGUGUCUAUGGCAGGAGGACUGGGAGUGGCAAUUAAUUACUAUGCAGAAGUUAUGGCCUUGUUGUGUGCAGGGGAAUGGGAAAUAAAGAAUGGUAAAUUGGAUGUCACUUUCAGGAUAGAUUCAAAAGCAGUAAUUACAACUUUCACAACAGGUCAUAUACCAUGGUUUGGAAUCACAAGAUGGAGAAAAAUCACUGAAAAACUGCAGGUUUUGAGAUUUGUUCACAACUACAGAGAAGUGAAUUUAUCUGCAGAUUCUAUGGCAAAAAUGGGAGCAAAUAUGGAAAGAUGA